AUGCCGGUCUUUCAAUCAAAAACAUUCCGUCGCACGACUACAGAGUCCUCGACCCUCGGGGAGCGACUUGGCGCAUUCUACCGGGCACGGCUAACCCGCCAUCCGUUCAUCCUUUUCGGGCUUCCGUUCAUUAGUGUCAUUGUAGCUGGGUCUUUUGCCUUGACCCCUGCCGCUGCCCUUCGCUAUGAGCGCUACGAUCGCAAGGUGAAACAACUCAGUCAAGAUGAAGCGUUCGACCUUGGACUCAAGGGUCCCGACGGAGAGGAGGGAAUCAAGCGGAAUCCCCGGAGAAGAAUUGUAGGGGAUGAGAAGGAAGAGUACUACAGGCUCAUGGCCAAAGAUCUUGAUCAAUGGGAGCAGAAGCGAGUGGAGCGGUUCAAGGGUGAGCCAGAUGGGCGACUAUGA